AUGGCCCAGGCGGCAACUGUCGAAUCUGCUAUGGCGCGAACUGGUCAAUUGUCAGAUGUGGUUGCACUGAAAGUCGAAGACAGCGAGAGAGCUGAGUGCCCUUUUUUCAACGCCUCACACGUUCUGAGUGUCACGGCUUAUUUCACCAAUGAUAUCAAAGUUGGUGGUCUUGUCAACCAUACAGAACCUUACUCGGCGCAUCGUCCCGCAAAAUUCGUUAACACAAGAAAUAUCCUGCGCUUUGCGAGUGUUGGUUGGACCAACGCGUUGCCCUACCACACAUGUGUUGAUGUAUUGACCGAGAAGGUCCCCCGAACGGCUGCUGCGCUUCAGGCUAUGGUGGAGAAGACUCAUAAGGGUUUGACUCGGUGUGUGCCCUAUGAAACCAUCCUGUGUACCAUACCACGAAGUCUCGGGCCCUGA